AUGGACCAAGAUCAACGCAGCCGUAUCGAGAACGCCCUCCUCCGAUAUCGCAGAACAGUACUUGACCAUAACCUCUCUUUGCUGCGUAUCCUGGUAGAGGAAGUUGAGGCCCAGCCUGCCCCAACGGGCUAUCGAGAUUCAGCCGAACAGUUUCUACGAGUGGAAGCGAUCAAAGAACACGUGGUUGUACCCGACUCAGUCAAGUUAACAAGUGAGAUCCUCGACGAGCGUUUCCGUGAUGCUCUGAUCUCUGAGGGCUGCCUAGAUGGCGUCUCUCACGGUCCAGUCGACCUCGCAGGGAGAAGAGAAUAUUUUGCAGGUAUCCAGGCAAGCAUUGCCAGAAAGGGUGUCGAGGUUGCCGAAUUCCCCCCCGCAGAUUUGCAGUUCCUCUGUUCCCUUGUCCCCGGCGUCACUGGUCCGGGGCUUCCGUUCCACCGCGAAGUAUCCCAGUUCCACUUCGUUACACCCCUUGAAUUUGAGGAGAUGGAAGAGAUGUUGAAGUCUAUCUGUAUACCCAUCCGAGAUGAGACGGGAGAAGGGGAGUAUAACAGUCUUACUUCGAUCUGGGAGAAUUGGGAUAUCGCGGUAGCUUUCAAGAUCGGCAACGGGCCUCGUUCGUGGGGCGGCACGUACGCGCUUUACUGUCGCAAUGAGGACCGCGAACAGUGGAAGUGGAGAUAUGGUGUUCAUGACGAAGAGUGGUACAGCGAUGUCUACGAGAGUGUAGAGGAUUAUCUUGAGUUUUAUACUCACUUCAGGGAACAGGCGGAGGAAGAGCUCAGGGAGGACAUUCCAAGCUUGGAAGCAAUGCGUUAG